AUGUCAGCCACCGCCGUUCCGGAGAAAACUCCAGAUGACUCGUCCAAGUUGAAGACGUUUCUGUCCAUUCUGCGAAAAUUCGUCGGUGUGGCAGAUAUCGCAUCGGUUCGCUUCUCGUUGCCCGCUCAACUGCUCGAGCCCCGACCGAAUCUGGAAUACUGGAACUACCUGGACCGACCAGAGACGUUUGCCAGUAUCGGCAAAUCCGACGAUGAGCUGGGACGUAUGUUGGAAGUUUUGAGGUUUUGGUUCACCAAGGAUCUGAAAUACGUCAAGGGAAAGCCGUGCAAGCCGUACAACUCGACUCUGGGCGAAUUCUUCCGAUGCCACUGGGAAGUCAAAGACUACGUUCCCGAAGAAGUCAAUCUCCCCGGAGUACCCGCCACUGCCAACGGCACAACUGUUCAGGACGGAAAUGAGAAUGUGAAGAUCUGCUACCUGACCGAACAGACCUCACACCAUCCACCUGUUUCUGCCUUCUACAUCGACUGUCCCGAGCGCGGAGUCUCCGCACGUGGGUUUGAUCAGAUCAGCGCCAAAUUCACCGGUACCAGCAUCCGUGUCAGCCCCGGACAACACAAUUUGGGUAUCUUUCUCAACAUCGAAAAGCGAGAUAACGAGGAAUACCAAUUGACUCACCCGGACGUACAUCUCGGUGGCCUGCUGCGCGGAGCCCUCGCCAUUACCGUCUCGGACACAUGUUACGUGACGUGUCGCAAGACCCGUAUCAAAGCCAUCCUGCAAUACCUGGAGGAAGGCUGGAUCGGCAAAGCCCAGCACAAGCUCGAAGGUGUCAUUUUCCGGUACGAUCCCGACAACGAUAACAUCACGCGGUUGAAGGAUGUGCCUGAACGGGAUGUCCUUGCCCGAGUCAGCGGGUCCUGGCACGGCAAGGUCCACUACACUCCAGCAGGAUCCAAGGAGCCCCGACUUUUGAUUGAUGUGACGCCCCUCCACCCGGUCGAGAAGGCUGUCCCUCCACAGGAGCAACAGCUGCCCAACGAGUCCCUCAAGUUCUGGGGCCAAGUCACCAAUGCCAUUGUCGACAAGCAAUUCACAGAAGCUACCCGACUAAAGCAGGAGAUUGAAGAGCGACAGCGCCAGAAAGCCGCUGAACGCAAGGAAAAGAACGAAGAGUGGAAGCCACGCUUCUUUGUUGGUGCCACCAGUCCCUUGGGCAAGCCCGAAUUAACCCAGGAGGGCGAGAAGGCUCUCCAGGGCAUUCGCUCAGGAGAUUACAGGCUGGAAGAAAACAAACUGCUGGGCGCAUAG